CUAACAAAGCUGGUCCGCCGAUUGUUGCAGUCUGCGUCCGGAGCUCGUAGCGCGCGCACAGCAGACUCGUACGGUAUACGCGCUGUGGUAACCUAUUGCCGCAGAUACCUAUAUUAUAUAGGUGUCCCUGUACAGAAAAAUCAUAACCGCGCGUAACCAAAUCCGACUGCAUAUCGUUCACCGUAUUACCUGAAUAUAUAAAAAAAAAAAACUCCGAUGGCGGCGAUGAAAAUGUCGACCGCGGUCUCGCUGUCGUUGCUGUUGUGGUUGUCGAUAGACCUGCAGACGAUUCCGGUCUCGGAGGCCGCCCGAAUACUGGCCGUCGAAACGAUAGCGGGAAAGAGUCACUGGAGCUUCUUGAGCUCGGUGAUCAGAUCGCUGACGGACGCCGGACACACCGUGACAGUUUUCACGCCGUUUCCGGACGGCAACCGGGAAAACUACACGGAGGUGGAUACAUCCCGCGACUUUCCGAUCAAGCUCAACCUAGAUGUGAUACAGGCGAUACAAAUGUUUGGAGAACCGUUCCCGUUGAUCAACAACAUUGCCACUAUCGCCCGAUUCUAUUGCGACGCAAUCAAUGGUAACCGGGAGCUGGCCGACGUGUUAGCUUCCGGGGCGCGUGGCCGGUACGAUUUACUCUUAAUCGAACCGCUGGGAGUAGAUUGCGUUUCGCACAUGGCCGACGCUCUCGGUAUACCCAUGAUCUACACAAUUCCCUCACCGAUGAUCACAUUUAUCGAACGGCAGUUUACCGGUCAUUUGUCCAACCCGUCUUCUGUGCCCCACAUGUUUGCCAACCACGCCGUGCCCGGCACGUUUGUCCAGAGGUUUACUAACGCAGCUAUGCUGACGCACAGCUUGGUUAAGACCAAGUACGACCAGAUAGUCAUGCGGUUUACGGACCCGAGGCCGUAUGAUCUGGCUCCGACCGUCAGCCCAUCUAUUAUCUUCCAGAACAGUCAUUACGCCACCGAGUCUUCGAGACCGCUCACGCCCAACGUCGUCUACGUGGGCGGCAUACACCUGAAACCCGCCAAAACCAUACCGAAAGAUAUAUUAGAUUUCAUCGAAGACUCGCCGCACGGAGUGAUUCUCUUCACACUCGGUUCCACGAUGAAAGUCUCAUCCUUACCAGAACAUAUUGAAAAGGCAUUGAAAGAAGCAUUGGCCGACGUUCCUCAGAGAGUUUUGUGGAAAUAUGAAGGCGAAAUGAAGGACAAACCAAAAAAUGUAAUGACGAAAAAAUGGUUCCCUCAGCGGGAAAUACUAUUGCAUCCCAAAGUGAAACUGUUUAUUAGUCAUGGGGGUAUGUCUGGAGUAUACGAAGCAGUGGACGCCGGUGUUCCAGUACUGGGAAUCCCAGUGUUUUACGAUCAGCCGAGAAAUAUUGAACAUUUGGUGCUCGCUGGAAUGGCGAUAUCCAUGGACCUAUUGUCGACGUCAAAAGAAAAGUUGUCAAAUGCCAUUUCAAAACUCAUCAACGAUGAAAGUUAUGCGAAAAAUGCCAAAAUUGCUUCCAUCCGAUUCAAAGACAGACCGAUGACUCCUCAACAGUCGGUCGUUUAUUGGACGGAGUAUGUGAUUCGUCACAAAGGUGCUCCACAUUUGAAAUCACACGCUCUAAAUUUGACGUGGUAUCAAUACUUACUAUUGGACGUGAUGUUUGUUGUGUUAACUUUUGUUUUUCUAGUCACAUUUUUAGUCUAUAAGGUUUUAAAAUGUAUUCGUAAGUUAGUUUUUAAAAACGAAAAAGUAAAAUCUAAUUACAGUGAAGGAAAUAUCAUAACCAGGCCGUAUACCGUUUACUGUAGUACCUUCGGAAAUAAAAGAAAAACUCCGAUGGCGGCGAUGCAAAUGUCGACAGCGGUCUCGCUGACGUUUCUGUUGUGGUUGUCGAUCGACUUGCGGACGAUUCCGGUCUCGGAGGCCGCCCGAAUACUGGCCAUCGAAACGAUAGCGGGAAAGAGCCAUUGGAAUUUUAUGAGUUCAGUGCUCAGAUCGCUGACGGACGCAGGACACACCGUAACCGUUUUCACGCCGUUUCCUGAUGGCCACCGGGCAAACUACACGGAGGUGGAUAUGUCCCGCGACUUUCCGAUGAAGCUCGAAAUGGACGCGAUGCAAACGAUCAAAGACUUUGGAGAGCCGUUCGCGUUGGUCAAGCUUUUAUCCAGGCUGUCCCAAAUGUAUUGCGACGUAAUACACGGCAACCGGAAGCUGGUAGAAUUGUUAGCUUCCGGGACACGUGACCGGUACGAUUUGCUCUUAGUCGAGCCAUUAUGUUUCGAUUGCGUUUCUUAUAUAGCCGACACGCUCGGUCUGCCGGUGAUCUACUUGAUUCCGUCACCAAUGAUAUUUACCGAACGGCUAUUUACGGGUCAUUUAUCUAACCCGUCUUCCGUGUCCAAUAUAUUGGCCAAUCAUGCAGUGCCCGCCACGUUUGUCCAGAGGUUUACUAACACGGCUUUGCUGACGUACAGCAUGGUCAGGAUCAAAUAUGAUGAACUAGUUACAUGGUUUACUGAUACGAAAUCUUAUGGCCUAGUUCCAACUGUCAAUCCGUCCAUUAUCUUCCAGAACAGUCAUUACGUCACUGAAUCUCCGAAACCGCUCACACCAAACGUCAUCUACGUGGGCGGCAUACACCUGAAACCCGCCAAACCCAUACCGAAAGACAUAUUAGAUUUCAUCGAAGACUCUCCUCACGGAGUGAUUUUCUUCACAUUCGGUUCCACGGUUAAAGUCUCAUCCUUACCGGAACAUAUUGAAAAGGCAUUUAAAGAAGCAUUGGCCGACGUUCCUCAGAGAGUUUUGUGGAAAUACGAAGGCGAAAUGAAGGACAAACCAAAAAAUGUAAUGACGAAAAAAUGGUUCCCUCAGCGGGAAAUACUAUUGCACCCCAAAGUGAAACUGUUUAUUAGUCAUGGGGGUAUGUCUGGAGUGUACGAAGCAGUGGACGCUGGUGUUCCAGUACUGGGAUUCCCAAUGUUUUACGAUCAACCGAGAAAUAUUGAACAUUUAGUGCUCGCUGGAAUGGCGAUAUCCAUGGACCUGUUGUCAACGUCAAAAGAAAAGUUGUCAAAUGCCAUUUCAAAACUCAUCAACGAUGAAAUUUAUACAAAAAAUGCCAAAAUUGCUUCCAUCCAAUUCAAAGACCGACCGAUGACGCCUCAACAGUCGGUUGUCUAUUGGACGGAGUAUGUAAUCCGCCACAAAGGUGCUCCACAUUUGAAAUCACACGCUCUAAAUUUGACGUGGUAUCAAUACUUACUAUUGGACGUGAUGUUUGUUGCGUUAACUUUUGUUUUCCUAGUCACAUUUUUAGUCUAUAAGGUUUUAAAAUAUAUUCAUAAGUUAGUAGAUAAAGCUAAAACUGAGUGAUAAUAAUCAAAAAACAUUAUGAUAUCUGAACUGUGUAUUUAAAUAAAAAAACAUAUAGUGUUUAUAAGAACCACGCAAUUACACA